CAGGAAGGGAAAAGGAGGAUGGAUGUGUCCCGUCAGGCAUUGCGGCUGGGUUCUCCCACCUUGACCAUCGGAUCCGAGAGAGGUCGGGGGAGAGAACAGCAAUGGCGGCCGGUUAGCUCUAUACAAAACACCAAGUCCCCAAUCAGCCGCGCGCACCACAUCGCUCCGAGGAAAGCCAGUUUUACACAACACGGCGGAGCCAGCGAGACAGGGACGGAGCUGAGACACGGGCUUUAGGGGGCGGGGAUCCCUCCGCGGAUCGUUGCUGCCUGUGGAGACUUUCCUUCUACUUAAAAAAAAAAAAAAAUUAUGGACGAACACCCCGGCGGAGGAGGGGUCGGAACGAGUGCCCCACGACAGCCUCCGCCACCGCAGCAGCAGGGGAAUAACAGUAGUGCUAAUCCGCCAAUUGGAGGCGGUGGUGGCGGAGCAGUCAUGGUACCACACCAGCCCGAUGAGCUACCUCGGCCGCAGCAGCAGUACACAAUCCCCGGCAUCCUGCACUACAUCCAGCAUGAGUGGGCCCGGUUCGAGAUGGAGAGGGCGCACUGGGAAGUGGAGAGGGCCGAGCUUCAGGCGAGGAUAGCCUUCUUGCAGGGGGAGAGGAAGGGCCAGGAAAACCUGAAGCAUGACCUGGUUAGAAGAAUAAAAAUGUUAGAAUAUGCAUUAAAGCAGGAAAGAGCAAAAUACCACAAGUUAAAAUAUGGAACAGAGCUAAACCAAGGAGAAAUGAAGAUGCCAAGUUUUGAAUCAGACACCAAAGAUUCAGAGGUCUCUGCUGUUCAUGCCAACAGUCAGCUCACCUGGAAACAAGGAAGACAGCUGCUCAGACAGUACCUACAGGAAGUCGGAUACACAGACACCAUCCUGGACGUUCGUACUCAGAGGGUUCGCUCUCUGCUUGGCCUGUCGGGCUCAGAGCAGAAUGGAUCUGUGGAGAACAAGAACCUGCAGCACCUGAUCAAUGGGACCGAGCGCCGCAAGGACAAAAGGAGUCCAGGUGAUGUUCUGGAGACUUUUAACUUUCUGGAAAACACAGAAGACAGCGAUGAAGACGAUGAUGAGGAGGGGGACCUGAUGGAUGACAUCACCACUGACAAACAUCACAGAGCCAAGAAACAUAAGACCAAGGUGGGAAACGAGGGCUUAGCGUCAGAGGAUGAUGCCGACACAGAGGAGGCUCUAAAGGAGUUUGACUUCUUGGUGACGGCUGAGGAUGGAGAAGGGGCGGGUGAGGCUCGGAGCUCCGGAGACGGGACAGAGUGGGCGGAGCCUCUACCAUUUCCUACUGGCGGGGGGAAGUCCUUCUUACUUGGGGGGUCAGAUGAUGUGUUGGAGAGCGUGCUGGGACUGGGUGACCUUGCCGACCUCACAGUCACCAACGAUGAAACAGACUAUGGCUAUGAUCUGCCGUCCAGUAAGGAGUCUUCGUUCAGGAAGACAUGGAACCCCAAGUACACGCUAAGGAGCCACUUCGAUGGUGUCCGAGCACUGGACUUUCACCCCGUUGAGCCCUGCCUGGUCACCGUGUCCGAGGAUCACACCCUUAAACUGUGGAACCUCACCAAGACUGUCCCUGCCAAAAAAAGUGCCUCUUUCGAUGUGGAACCGAUCUACACAUUCAGAGCCCAUGUUGGACCAGUGUUGUCAUUGGCGAUGACCUCCAGUGGUGAACAGUGUUUUAGUGGUGGUCUUGACGCAACCAUCCAGUGGUGGAACAUCCCCAGCUCAAAUGUUGAUCCCUACGACACUUAUGAUCCAAGCGUCCUGGCAGGUUCCUGGUUAGGACACACGGACGCUGUGUGGGGAUUGGCAUACAGCGGUAUCAAAAACCGCCUCCUGUCCUGCUCGGCCGACGGAACAGUGAAGCUGUGGAACCCAACAGAGAAAAACCCCUGCAUUAGCACUUUCAAUACAAACCAUGAGCAUGGGAUCCCCACAUCAGUGGACUUCAAUGGUUGUGACCCUGCUCACAUGGUGGCAUCCUUUAAUAGCGGAGACGUGGUUGUGUAUGACCUGGAAACUUCCCAGCAAGCACUUGUGCUCAAAGGACAGGGAGAUGGCACUCUGUCGGGGUCAAAUCAUAUAAAUAAGGUGGUGAGUCAUCCCACGCUUCCAGUAACCAUCACUGCUCAUGAAGAUCGACACAUCAAAUUCUUUGAUAACAAGUCAGGUAAAGUGAUUCAUGCCAUGGUGGCUCAUCUGGAUGCAGUGACCAGCCUGGCCGUGGAUCCCAACGGCAUCUACCUGAUGUCUGGCAGUCACGACUGCUCUCUGCGUCUGUGGAACCUAGACAGUAAAACGUGUGUUCAAGAGAUCACAGCUCAUCGUAAGAAGAGCGAGGAGGCCAUCUACGACGUGGCCUUCCACCCCUCCAAGGCCUACAUUGCCUCCGCUGGAGCCGACGCCCUUGCCAGAGUCUACGUAUAGACGAGGAAGAGAAGAUUUAAACAACAGAAAAAAGAAAACAAAAAAGAGGAGAUGACCUCGAGGUGAGGGAUACAGAGACAGACAAAGAGAGAGAGGGGCUAGUCUGUACACAAACAGGAUUCAGGUCUGUUCAGGUCUCUGAACACAGAAUAUAUAUUAAUAUGAAAGACUGGAGAAUCUCCAACGGACAACUGAACAAACACACACAGGUUUCUUACACAAAUUUUUAAGUUAAGAGGUGGAGUGGUGUGAUCUCCCUACAGCUAAGAGACAGCAGAAACGCGUUUAAUGAUCAACUUGGAGCAGCUUGCCUGAAACCCAUCUGGCCCCUCACAAAUCCCUAAGGUAGCUUUGACACUACAUGCCUGUCCCUAUUCACUAACACUACUGUGACUCCUGAUCCCAGACAGAAGAGCUGGAGCUGAGGGCAGACGUAAAGGAAAAAUCCCCCCAAAAUUAGACCUGGUCAGAGCUGGCCAAGGAAAGCAGCCUGACAUCUAGAUGAGUUAACCCAUCGCUCUUUUAUUUCUUACUGUUGUCAUUUAGCAUCGUAAUACGGCGGUCAAAUGUAGCACAUUAAACUGUGGAAUCGUAGCACUACAGUCUACAUGUUGUGGGGACAUUUUUGCACCUUUCCCCUGUUUCUCUUUCUGUCCCACUGGACUCAAUGCUGAGUCAAUGCUAAAUGUUCAGGCAUGUCUGAGUGGAGACAGUUACAACUCGAAAAAUGGCCCUCGUGAGAAGUUGCCUGGAAUCUGUAUUGAAUUCACCCCCAUUUGGCUAAUUUUUCUCCAAUAACUCUAAAGAACUCUACUUUCAAGGCAGUUCAGAGCAGGCUUGCAGUCCCGAACAGUUAUAAUUGGCUGCCAGUGUUUUCUCUAUGUUUGUUAUACAUUAUAAAAGCUCUAUUACUCCCCAGGUGUUGAAGCUUCAGUGGCAUAUGAAACCAAAUCUAAGCACAACUGUAGUGCAUUAAGCAGUCUGCUCUCCCAGUCUGACACUUCACAUGAGGUGAUACAGCUAGAAAUGUCCAAGAGUGGAGCAUUCUAAUGAGUCUCCAAAGUCUGCACUUUCUCCUACUGUAAUCCAUUUAGUAGAGCUAACCACUAGUUGAACUAGCAAAAAUAUAGAGUAGCAAAGAAUUCGAGUUGAGUACAGUUUUGUACUGGCUCUCGCCUGCCUCAGGAGAGAGCAUAUGUAAAACAUCCUCUCAUUACACUGAUCUCCUGUCCAGACAAAACAGUCUGAAGAAACAAUUUUGACAUUUUCAUGGCUGUGCUAAGCUCUGGUAAAACAGGAAAAACUUAAACACCAGUGUCUUUGUUGUGCUUUGUACACACUGCUUCUUCACAGUGUUUACGUGGAGAAGAGCGUCUCUGUUCAGAUCUUUUUUGUGUGUGUCACACAGCUACCUGCACAGAAACAAAAAAUUGAACUAUGUCAUAGACUAUCAUCAAUCUUUAAAUGCCGAAACACUGAAAAGUAGCAGCUAUUUAAGUUGAUUUUAGACGUUUGGCCUGUUCAAAAUGAUUUCCAAGUUGCAAAAAUACCUAGUAAUCAAGUGUUUUGUGUGUAGUCUAAUUCAUAUGUGCAUGAGUUUAAAGUGCAUUUUAAUUAGCUGCUCAAAAAACAUUUGCCAAUUUAUAAUCAUACAACAUCUAAGCUGUUCCACUGGUGGACAUUAUUCGAGAUGCCCGUGUCCCAACACAGGAAGCUGUAAGCUGUUCUAUGUAUCAUCCAUAGUAUGAUCAGAAUAGGGGUACUUGUGUCCAUGGAAACACUCCUCCUGUCACAACAAUUUCAGCAUCUGUUUAGUGACAGUGAAAUCAUAUUAGCCACAUUAAACCCUGCUUUAAGACUGCCUGAGGAACUGUACUAAAGAGAAAGCCCGGAGGUUAAUCAGAUGUUGGAGUCACAUCCGAGGGGGAUUUUUCCUUUAAACCUUCAGAAACGUCAACCUGAGAACAGAACAUGUGAUGUUUGAACUUGUUUUUUUCUCUCUUUCACUUUUUAAUAAUUAAAUCUGAACUAAAACUUCUGCAAAGCAAGUUUUACAGUUUGUAAAUGGGGAAAAAUUAAGAAGAAAUAUGUUUUGAGCAAACAGAAUGGAUUUAAUAUCAGAUUUUGUUUUUGCCUCUGAGAAUGUUUUGGUGAGAAUGGAAGUUUGGUUAAUACUCACCGACCUCAGCCUCCUGCUGGGCCUAUCAGAGCCCCACGUUUAACAGUGUAACAAGCGGAGGAUUCAGCAUUACUGUAGUUACAUAUUUUUGUUUGUGUAAAACAAAUCUAGUUUUUAUAGUCCUUUUUAAUUCUUUUUAAAAAUCCACAAUAUAGUUACUGCCACAAUGGAUGACCCAUCAACCAAAAACCUCACCUCAGUCUGAUAUGUCAGGACGUCUGGCUUCAGUUUUGGGCCCUGAUCUCAGAUCAUGUAAACACAGGAACUGCUGCUGCUGAGUGUUGAGACAGCUGAGGAGAGGGUCAGCUGUAUCUGUUAGUGUCUGUCCUGAUGUUAAAUAUCAACCUUUAAUAUACAUUUGUCCAUUCGAGCUAAUGUCUAACAUGGCACACAUUCCAGUGUGAAACAGCAGCUUAUCACAGUGAUAAGGUGUUUGCUCCAGAGGGUAGAGCAUGCAAGUCCAAUAUCAUCAACUGAAAGACUCCAAGCACAAGAUACAUUUUAAUUACUCCACAGUGAAACCCUUGCGUCUUUUACACAACAGCCUUGGCAUGUUAACUAUUAGCUUUGUCUUAUGCUAGAAUUAGUUUUAAAAAGUUACAUUUUUAAAAGACUUAUUUGGCAUAAGAAAGUUACAUUUAUAUGCCAACUUAAUGCUGGUGUAAGACAGAACUAAUUAUGUCCUGUAAAGAAAUGUACAAACAAAAUUAAUUUGCAUAGAAAAUGUAAUCCAAGCAUACAAAUGCAGACCUAUGAAUAAAUGCAAGGUGCCGAAUGCUUACUAAGUCAUUCUGUUCAUUCUAAUUUACACUGCAGUAUCUAGUCUUUGUCACUGCAGCCGAUAAAAUCACUGGGGGAAAAAAAGCCUGACCAACUCCUUCCUAGGCCAGUCUUAUAUGACCUUGUUUAUGUAGACUGGAUAAAAUGACGUGAGGUCAUAGCAAAAAGGUUUUACAGGUGAGAACUUCUUGAACUACAAAUACACAACUUGCUGAAAUGAUGCCUUUUCCUCACAGUCAAUAUAUUUGGCAUCUAAUUAGCUCUGUUUGUUUGUUUUUUAAGAAAUGAAGUUUUAAAAUGUUGUGUACACUGUACACAUGAGCAGUUUGUUAUAGUAUAAUACAGCUGCCAUAAAGAUCAUUUUGAUAUGGCUGUAAUUUUUUUUUUGUUAUCAUCUGAAGGGAGGUCAUGGGUAUAAACCACAAAAUCUCAUCAGGUUGAGAGGUGUUUCUAAUAUUCUGACCCAUCAAAAGUAGUUUUUUUUAAAUUAUAUUUUCUGUACACUCACUUGUGUCAGAGUUCCACAUUUUAUAUGUUGAACCCACAGAACUGACUCAUUUGUAUACGUGUACACACUCUUACACAUGCAAGUAUGCAUUUUUGACACUAUCACUAAGUGGAAUAUUCUGAUAUUUGUGAAGACAGAUCUUACAGCAAGGCAGCUGUACUAAACACCAUCCGUGUUUAGGUACCUAUAAUAAAGUGGUCACUGUGGGGGGUUCUUUUGCUUUGUUUUGUUUUUUAAAAUUUGUUGAUUAGUAAUAAGCAAAUUUAAUUUAUGUAAAAACAAGUUUUGUCCUCAAACAGGGCAAAGAAUAGUUUGAUGUACACAGAUUUGAACGCAGGGCUGCUCCAGUUAAAGGCCAACUUCCAAUAACAAACCGGCAAAUAAUUGGUUUAAUGAGCUGGGAAAUGGUACCUGAAUGCAGCACGAGCUCAGUUCGAGUGUGAACAGGUGAAGUUACAGCUUUGUUUGGUUCAGGCUGAGACUUCUGCUCCUCCGCCUCCAUCAUAUCGCUUCAAUCUUUGAAAAGCUGCUGUCUCACUGGCUGGCCCACAGGGGGAAGUCUAAUUUGUUGUUCUGGUUUGUUACGAUCCACAGUUUUAUUAUUAUAUAAUUUUUUUCUUUUAUUUUCACCAAUGCUACAGUUUACUGUGUAACUCUCGUUUGUGUAAUGCAUGAUUAAUACAAUAAAAUAUUUUUUUUAGUCUUCCGAAAAAUGAAAAAAAAAAUUCUGUUUGCGAGAUUUGAUGAGUUUUGUGUUUUGUUUUUUAUUUACAAACUAUGAACAGCAGAUUUUAAAGGCUGUACCACAUAGAAUACAGCUGUUGAAAUGUACAUAAAAUGUCUAUAAUAACUAUUAAACUGUGUACCUGUACAACA